AUGCCUAUCUUUCAAGCCGAUCUAGACAAUCACGAUUCUAUUGAGCCAGCAGCAGCACCUAUUGAACUCCAAAUACCAACCCCAGCUCCGACGCUUAGACGUCUUUCAGAGGAGAGCAUUCGUACCGACCUUUGCGAAGGGCCUAUCUUUGAGAGUCCACCACAGUCAAGCACCAACAGUCCCGAGAGAACCGAAUGUGCUGAAAAUGGGAUAUCGGAUCGAGCUUCUCUAAUCGAGAGACUAAAGAGAGCUCAGUCUCCGACCUGGAUCCCAAACCGUCAUUUUGGCUCUAUUAUUCAGCACCACGCUCCUCCUCCUCCCGAGACAAAGCGACCUCAAUCGCCAUCAGAGCCUUCACUACUUGCGCCUGCCCAAAUCACACCCGAAAAGAACGACUCCCAAUCCGAUUUUGACAACAGAUUACGCGAUGGCCUCAGCAUCGAGCGACCGAGAUCGGCCCUACACAGCGGCAACUUCACCGAGGAGGAAGCAGUAGCCAAGGAUCGUGCGGCUCCGAAGAGUAGAUAUCCUGCACCAGCAGAGACUUCAUGGAUUGCAACUUCACCACCGAGACACUAUACGCCGUUCCAGCACGACAAGGGAAUCCCAUUUACAGGGAGUGCAGAGAGUUUCCGAUCAACUACGUCGCCUCUAUCCUCAUCUCUUUCGUCAAGCUUUGUGUAUAAGCCACCUACUAGUCCUUUGGUUCAGGCCCAGAGCUCAGAAGAACACGACAUGUCUUUACCAAGAGAUGGAUUUGGAUACACUGGGAAUAGUCGCUAUAUGCCAAACUCGGCUUCUUCCUCACCGUGGAUGUCUCCAUCGCCACGAUAUUCUCUACCACAGCGUGUCCCUUCGUAUCGAAGAGAAGCAUUCCCAUAUCAGGCACAUCAACCUCGAAGAUCAUUGACUUCAACCCCAAGCUUCAUGCAGGCCGGUGCAUCUCCGCCAACGCCUGCUCUUCUUCGACCACGAAGAUCCUCUCUGGUCGUAGAAUCUUCGCCACUUCAGCACGCAUCUAUGGUCGGAUCUUAUGAAGAGAGUAUUCUUCGUGGCCGCAUGUCUACGACCCCUUCUAAGCCACUGGACUUUGUCGCUCAAAUCGGCGUCUUGGGUAAGGGGAAAUGCAAGUCCAGUUUGAAGUGCCCGCCACACGUUACUCUUUCAUUUCCUGCUGUGUACUACAGCUACAGCAGCACCUCUCAUGGUAGAUCAAAUACAGAUGACGGGCCGAGUCCCUAUGUUGGUCAGAUUGACCUUGAAAACGGUCUUCCUAACCCAGAUGAUGAACAUCGGGCAAAGAAGAAAGCACAAAGCCGAUUUGCAGAUAGGAAACCCAGCGAAGACAUGAUGGAUAUCGGUCUUGAUAAUCAAGGAUCUGAGCAAAUCUCACGUCGAAAUUCUCGAGCCAGCCGCAGGUCAGGCUCUGGCUCUGCGAAAGCCCCUCCAGGCGGAAGCUAUCGUAUUCCGGAGAAGGGGCAGAUCCAAAUCAUUGUCAAGAAUCCGAACAAGACUGCCGUCAAGCUGUUUCUGAUUCCCUAUGACCUUACGGGCAUGGAACCAGGCACCAAGACUUUCGUGAGGCAGCGCAGCUACUCGGCUGGUCCUAUUAUUGAAAACGCCCCUGCAGCGUCGGAAGUAAACGCCAGUGACCGCCCUAUCUUGAGAUAUCUCGCUCAUUUGCACAUUUGCUGCCCUGCCAAAGGGCGGUACUAUCUUUACAAGAGCAUUCGCAUUGUCUUCGCAAACCGUGUGCCCGACGGCAAGGAGAAGCUCAGAAAUGAAACAACGUGGCCAGAGCCUCGCUAUACUCCUUACAAACCCAUUCGUCUGAUGCACCCUCCGCUGCCUACCCACUCCGGUCCUGGAGCUAUGCUAGCCGCUGAAAAGGCGCUGCGCAGACGUAGUGUAGGGGUCUUCCCUGGCCCUUCGUCUCAGGCUUUCGAUGCCAUGGACAGCAUGUUUCGAGUCAAUGAUUCCCCUACUGGCAGCUCUGCAGCGGGUAACACCCUGCCACUUGACCCGAUUCCUUUCUGUCUUCCCGGUCGCGUUCGUACAAGCAGCGAUGUUAGUAAUAGCACAGGCACAACUGCCGCUCUUGGCAACGAGAUGCGUUCUCCUGGCUCAUCCCAAGCCAGUCGUCCUUCGACUAAGGACUCAACCAAUGGUUCACCGUCGGGACCUGCGCUCUACGAGAAGCUGAACAAAGGUGAACCUGGAUACGGCGGUAACGCCUUCGCUCUCAACAGGUCUGGAUCACUUGGUGGUGCUGAAGGUCUGCUCUCGCAGCGCUUGCGUUCCCUGGGGGUCAAGCAACCAUCACCUCCAGAGACACCCAACCGGGGUGACAUGUCUCCUUAG